GCAGUCUGUAUUUUCCAAGCAUGGAAAGAGAUGGACAGGCUGCCCAUCCUUAGACCCACAUUGGGCCUAUCCUGUGGCUUUAGCAAUACAGAUAUUUAAUAACAUAUGUGUAUAAAUUAAGAUGGAAGCUACACCAACUAUUUCUUCUAGACAAUGAAUAUAGUUCCAAGUACCUACCUUACAGGUCUUUGUGCCUAGUAGCAGAGUUUGGAGAGAGGGGUACAACCCAUGGCAGAGGAGAAUUGCAUUGGGACUGCUUAAGUAGACUGGACCUAUAGUUGUCUGCAGGACUGGGCAGGGUGCAUGUGAUGGUGCUGAGGGCAUUGCCCAGUAUCAUUGCAAUUUUCUGUCUAUCUAUUGCCAGCAGGUUGAGGGGAACCUUUAUUCCUCUCUACCUGAUGUUACUGUGGUCAGCUCUGCAGCAGCAUAUCCAGUUUUGGGGCCCCCAAUAGAAGAGUGAGAUUGGCUGACUGAAGUGGGCCCAGUGGAGGACCACCAAGAUGGUUAGGGAGUUGGAGCACGUGAUACAUGAGGAGACUAGAUUGGCUGGGGUUUGUUUAGCCCCAGGAAAAAGCAAGGUUUAGGGGAGAUCUGAUGGCUCUUUUCCAUUAUGUAAUGCAAGGACAUAGAGAAGGCAAGGAGAAGGCAGCAUCACCAGGUUUCAGCAAAAGAAAUUUUGUUUGUGUAGAAGGAAAAGAAAAAACCCAUAAGAGCUGUUAAGCCCUGGAACAGGGGCCCAAAGGGGUUGUGCAAUCCCUGUUCUUAAAGAUUUUCAUAGUUUGACCAGACAAGGCCCUGAGCAACCUUGUCUAACUGGGAAGACAGAACUGCUGUGAGUGGGGCUGAGGAGUGGAUGACCUCCACAACUCUCUUCCAAGCUAAAUCAAUCUACAAAAAUUCACAAUAACCUCUUAAAUUGAAAAUAUCUUAACUUCAUUAGGACAUUAUCAGAGGCGGAGAACAAUAGUCACAGUGUGGUAUUCCACUGAAUUUCUGAAUGUUUAUUAGUCCCACUUCAUAAUAUCAGGAGAGGAAGUCUCCACAUGCUGAGUUAGUUUGGCUAUGGUAAGCAGCAAGUACAAUUGGGUAGUAUUAAACAUUCCUUUUACAUGCUCAUACGUACUGUAACAAAGUAUACUCAAGCUGGAAACAGAUUUAAAUAACUUGUUAAAAACUGCGCAGAGCAGGAUCAUUUCAGUCUCUGGUGCUUCUGUUGCACUUCUUGACCUUUUAGAGAUAAAUGUAAAAUUUAUUGACAGUAAAGAUUUCAGGGUAGUGCGGCUCUAGGUCAAGGAGCUGAAUGAUGGUUUAUUGAAAUAAUGUAGGUUCACAGGACCACCUUCUACUCAUUGUCAUAGCAUUUUCUUCUUGUAGAGCUUUGCUGGUGCCAGUGAAGUUGUCCUGGCAACUCCUUCAAAAGAAGAAGAAGAAUUUGGACUAAUUUGUCCUCCAGUAGGUUGUCUCUUCAUAAUUGAGUCUCCAGUCCAAACUCUCUUGAAGGGUGUAGAAGCAACCACAUUCAUUUCAAAUCUCUCUUAUCAUGAGACAAGAGCCAAAGGCUCUUCCACCACAACCAGACAAAUGACAACUUCCACUUUUCCAGUGUUUGUCUGAAAACAAGUGAGUUCCUGGUGCAAUUAAUGAGUAACCUUUACAUUUUUUAAGUUUUAGCCAAUAACUGUAGUAAUAGGAUACCAGGACUGACUUGUUCAGAAAGGCACAUCUGAUGAUAAGGGAUGAGAUUAUGAUCAUUUUCUUCUGGCAGCUAAACUGAAGCACAAACCAGAAACUCUGGGCAAGCCUUAGGAAGGCUAUUUGGAUAUGUGUCAUAUAGGUUUGCCCCAUUCUUGUGCUUUCCCCUAGGUAUUCUUGCUUCUGGAUAUGAUCAGAAAUUGGACACUGUGCUUUGGGCAUGCCUGAGUUUCUGUGUUUUGUAAGCUAUACAACAGCUGAGAAGAAUCUGUUGUCUGCUCCAGAUGAUCCUUAAACAUUGAAUGAAAUAGUGUGGAAGGAACACAGAAAUAUUUUAAGUUGGCUGCUUAGAAUCCCUGCCAAACCAUUGCUUGGUGUCACUGCAAAGCUACCUUGGCUUUCUAUACAAAUGCUAGGAAAUUAAAUAUUCUGGCUUCCAAAGGCUUUGUCAUUCAGCUACACUGGAGUGUGUACUACAUGUUAUGCUGCCUAAGGAAAAACAAACAAACAAACAACAAGCUACUGAACUACCAUAAAGAAGAAUAUCCAUUUCCAUGGGGAAAAAAAAAAACAAACAACAAAAAAAGUUGUAAUCAGAACGUGAAUAAAAAUGCCUGCUGUGGAAUUGAAUUGCCUCAACUUGCUCUUAGUUGGGAAAUCGUGUUUUAGUGGUCAUAUAAAAACACUCCUGAACUUAGCACAGCCAGCCCUCUUACCAGCAUUUUCAAGGCUAGGUUCAUGCAAAUAUUUGCACUUUCCACCUGCCCAUGGAGAUAAGAUGGAUGAUUUGAGUGUGGCCAGGCAGCUAGUUAGACCAGAUGCUCACACACCUCCAAGUUAUGGCUGUAUCUGGUAUUUAGACAGACAUGAAGCACAUCAAAAACAAACACUUGGCUGGCUUUGAUGGUCAAGUUUUAAGCAGAGUUAUGCAUCUCUGUGAAGCAGUUUUUAAAAAGUUGUGAAGCAGCGAGCAUCCAAGUAGGCUAAAGCCUACUGCUCUGGCUUCCUGAAAGAAAAAAAGAAAAAAGAAAAGAGAAAAAAGAAAAAAGAAAAGGGCCAAACAUUAAUUAUACAAAUAGAGCACUGAUAAACACUAUAAAGCAUUAAAAUCUUCAGAGAUAUAUAUAUGUCUAUUGUGAUACACAAUCAAAGUAUUUAAGUCAGGCAAGAAAGCAAAAUGCAACAGCAUUUAUGCUGAAACCUGCUGUUUAGGCUCCCAAAGGAAGAAGCAAAAAUUUAUUUCCUUUUAAAAAGAAACUAUAAAUGAGAGAAAAAUCCAUCUCACUGUGCAAAAAAAAACACAACACAAGCAUAAAGAAAAGACUUACAGGCCAAUAAAGUAAUUUCUCUGCAUUUUCAGCUCUCCCUCCCACUGCAAAUACAUUUUUAAAUUAUUUUCCAUACCCAGCAUGUUAGCAAAGAGUAAAUAUACACAAAUUUACACAAAUCUGUCUUUCUCAGGAAAGGCCCUCUAAGAAUUAGAGAUUAUCCAUGGUUUUAAAAAUCUGAAAAUUCAUCCCGGAUUACUGGUAAUAAGUCUCACUUCAGUAGAUGGACGCACCUUCAUAGUGGAAUUUGUCUGGAGGGGAGAUUCUGGGGCUGGAGACUUGACUGUUCCCACAGGGUAAAUACUGACUGCAUAAACGUAACAAAUGGCUCUUGAACUUGACUCCAACAAAAACAUAGAGCACAGGGUUGAGGCAGCAGUGGGAAUAAGCAAUUUUCCGGCUGAUGUGAAAGGCAAGCAUGGAGUCUUUUUCAUACUGACAGGUAGGUGGUGGAAAAGUAAUCAGAAAGCUGAGAAUGUUGUAAGGUGCCCAGCAAAGGAAAAAAGCCACCACAAUGAUAAGGAUGAGUUUCACAGUUCUGUGCUUUCUGCGAGAUCUUGUUCUGAGCAGGAUUAUCAGUAUCUUGAAGUAACAGAAUACAAUAACCCCAAAGGAAACCAAGAAGAGUACAUUUCUCUGAUAAAUGUCCACCUUUUUCCAUUUCCAGUCAGCAUAAUCACAGGUCUUGCCCCCUUCCAAGUUGUCUUGCACUGUGGUGUGAAUCACCUCAGGAACCACCAUUAAUAUGCUACCAGUCCAAACAGCCAAGCUCACCAGAAAGCCGCAGCGUUGUGUCUGGGAUCUCAGACUGGAGAGGGGGUUCACUACGAACAGGUACCGCAGGAUCGUCAUCAGCGUCAGAAAGAAGACGCCGCUGUAGUAGCCAAUGGAGAAAACAGCAUUCACUGCUUUGCAAAGGAACUCGCCAAAAAUCCACCCAAAGGACUGGUCCAUGGCCCAGAAGGGCAGCAUGCAGGAGAAGACUAAAUCAGAGACACAGAGAUUCAUGAUGAAGAUGUUCGUUAAAGAUGUGAGGAUUUCGUACUUGAAUAGGAUCCAUAGUACUAGAGUGUUGCCUAUCAGGCUGAAUAAAAAUGCCAGAGCAUAGACGACAGUAGUGAGGUGGGUGUAAAAUACAAAGUAGCCGCCCAUCUCGCAGACAUUGCUGUAAAUUAUGGAGUAAUUAUAAUCUGAAUCAGGUGGAUAAUUUUCUUCAUCCAUUUGUCUGUGCAAACCGUGUGCUAUUUUCCAGCAGCUACUUCAAAGAACUACAACAAUCAAUCAAAAAUUCGGGUGAAAAUCAACCCAGUAACUAAACUCCUGCUGCGGAGCCUGCUGUUUUAAAGGACUGAAAGAAGCAGUGAAACUACUUUGUUUGUCCUGGUUUUGGGAGAGAAAGGAGUCAUUUCCUCUUACGACAAGAGCAUGAACAGCUGCAGGUGUUGCACAGCCAUUGUUCACACUGGCUGCUUUGCUUGGAACCCCUUCCCUGUGCUCCCCGUGCAAGUGAGACCUUGAUGCAGGACCUCUGUCAUCAUCCUCAGGGUAUCUGAGAUGAAUCCCACGAGCCAGUUCCUUGGCACAACAGAAUAUGACUAUGGAUAUGAUGAAAACACUGCUCCAUGCUUUGAAGGGAACAGCUUUCACAGGUUCAGAUCCUUCUUUCUGCCAAUCCUUUACUGCCUUGUGUUUGUCUUCUGCCUUCUGGGGAACUCCUUGGUCCUUUGGGUUCUCCUGACCAGAAAAAGGCUGACGACGAUGACUGACAUCUGCCUGCUGAACCUCGCAGCCUCUGAUCUCCUCUUUGUUGUGCCUCUCCCUUUCCAAGCCCGUUACGCUUCGGACCAGUGGGUUUUUGGCAACGUUAUGUGCAAGAUAAUGGCUGGUAUUUAUUACACAGGGUUUUAUAGCAGUAUUUUCUUUAUAACCCUGAUGAGCAUAGACAGGUAUAUCGCAAUUGUCCAUGCUGUCUAUGCCACGAGGAUACGGACAGCCUCUUGUGGCGUAACUGUCAGUUUAAUCCUGUGGCUGGUGGCUGGCUUGGCUUCUGUACCCAACAUCAUGUUCAACCAGCAGCUGGAAAUCGAGCAGUCUCUGCAGUGCGUCUCCACGUACCCUCCAGGCGACAAUACCUGGAAGGUUGUUUCUCAGUUUGCAGCCAAUAUCUUAGGCCUCUUGAUUCCCUUUAGCAUCCUCAUCUGCUGCUACACCCAGAUACUGAAAAACCUGCAAAAAUGCAAAAAUCGGAACAAGGUCAAGGCGAUAAAGAUGAUUUUCAUCAUCGUCAUUGUUUUCUUCCUCUUCUGGACGCCCUUCAACAUCGUGCUGUUCUUGGACUCUCUGCAGAGCCUGCACAUCAUCAAUGACUGCAAGGUGAGCUACCAGAUAGCCCUGGCCCUACAGGUGACAGAAACCAUCUCCUUCAUGCACUGCUGCCUGAACCCUGUGAUCUAUGCCUUCGCUGGGGUAACAUUCAAGGCCCAUCUUAAAGGGCUACUUCAGUCCUGUGUCCGUGUCUUCUCCAGCCCUGUCAGAAGUGCUGAGUUUGGUCAGUCGGUUUCAGCACCCAGCCAGCUCUCCGGCUGCUCGGACAACACAGGGUUCCUGUGAUCCCACCUGAGCUGCCUUCUUCUGGUGUGAGUAGUUGGCCAAAGGUCUGAGGUGGCCCUGGAGGUUGCACCAUGUAUGCAGCAUCCUCUUGGAGGGACCAGUACACCUGUAUUUCCUUUGGGCAGCUGCUGUGAACUACGGCACAAUAGCUGGCAACGUGAAUUUCCUAAGAGCACCGAUGCAUUUGUUAGAUGGUGACCUUACAAUCUUGCCACAGAAUUAUUUUUAAUUAUGUUUUAGAGCUUUUUAAAUACAUUUCAGCGAGCUGGGUGCUUCCUCUAAUUUUCAUUUUUUCCUUUGCUGAAAACAUCGCUUCUGCCUCACCACCCAAAUAUGCUCUGCCUUGUGGAAACUGUUCCGUCCCUGAAUCCCUACAUCGUGGGACAGGCAUGGGACACCCCUGCGGGAAGCAGGGAAGGGGACAGCAUGCGAUUACUUCACAUCACAAAGAAGGAAUUCCCUCGGCCAUUGUCACCAUUCCCCCUUUGCUUCAUCUCCCAGAUAGAGCCCCCUCAGCUCACAGCCCCAUUGCUUUGCUGUGGGACACUUCCUGGGGCACAGCCAGGGGGUUCCUGGAGCUGCUGCUGCCCAAAAGCAGCCUUUGGUGGUGAUGCCUUCAAAAUAGCAGAGCAAUGCCUCCAAGUGCCCCCUGUACAGGUGGCUGGUGGAGGCCCAUACACUUAAAUAUGCCACCAUCAAGGCAGCCUGGUAGUCUGCAUCACUGCUGGAGGUGUGGAACCUCCAACUCUGGGCCCCCCACACCUACUGCUGAAUGUCAACACCAUCAAAUGACACACAGCAUGUAGGCUCUGUCUCUUUGUCCAUUCCUCAGUAUUUCCUGCCAUUUUAGAAAUGUUUUCUUUGAAUAAACAU